AUGCGUCACUUCGGUUCUCUAUUCUUAGCCAGUGCGCUAGGUGCCACCGCCUCCAAAGCCGUCAACCUCUACGCGGCUACGUCGGAUGGAAAUCUUACCUCCCUUUCUCUGACCGUUGCCGACAGCGGCAACAAUCUCACUGUGGCCAGCAAAACCGCCUGCGGCGCCAAUGCGUCGUGGCUAACCUUCGACUCAAAGAAUCGCUUGCUGUACUGUCUCGAUCGUGGAGCUUCCUCUUCUACGAAUGGGUCCAUGAAUUCAUAUUCGGUUGCGUCUGAUGGGUUCCUGACGAGCAUCGAUUCCGUGACCGCACCCCUUUCCGGCGUCAGUCACGAAGUCUUCACCAACAAAGCCGGCAAGCAGGGCUUUGCUACUGCAUCAUACAACCGGACUGCAAUUUCUGUUAUAGGCCUGGGGGGAGACGGUGCUCUUGACGAGCCCCUUCAGAUAAUCUAUCCGACUCUCGAGACCACUGGCCCGGUGAUCUCACGUCAAGACCUCUCUUACCUUCACCAGGUGCUUGUCGAUCCCAAGGGCGAGUAUCUCGUCAUGAACGAUCUGGGAGGCGACCGCAUCAGAAUCCUUAAAUGGGACGCCGAGAACCUAGCCCCUCUUACAGAGCUGGAGCCUCUGCGUACUGACGCUGGAUCUGGUCCGCGCCAUGGGGUCUUUUGGAAGCCAGCCGCCUCUGACGACUUGUACUACUUUGUCGUCGGCGAGUUAUCGCAAAACGUAUACUCGUACAAGAUUACCUACACUGAUGCUGGUUUGACCGGGACUAAGAUAUUCGAGAUUCCAGGACUUGGUUUCGAGAAUAAAGUCCCGGCUCUGACCUCUCCAUUGUCUGAAAUUGCGCUUUCGCCGGACAACAAGUUCCUAAUCGUCUCCCACCGCGAUGUGUCUUUCGCCAACUCCACGAAACGGGCUUCUGGGCCUUCGGACACCUUGUCCACCUUUGCCAUCAACCAAGAUGGUACACUUGACCUAGUCCAGCUUGCACCAUCAGGAGGCUGGUCACCACGCCAUUUCGCCCUCAACAAGGCAGGCGACCUCCUUGCUGUUGGUCAUCAGAAUAACAAAACUGUCGUCAUCUGGGAGCGCGACCUGGAGACGGGCAAAAUCGUGACUGCCGAAGGCGGUGGUCCUGUAGCUAUCGUUCAACUGUCGGGGGCUGUUGUCUGUACCAUUUGGGACGAAUGA